CUUGUUUCCUAGAGCAGGCCAACGCGACGACAACCUAUCACCACCGCGCCCGCGCCUCUUAAAUGGAUCAGAUGUGACGACCAAACGCCCCUGCCUAUAGUCAUCCUUGCCCUUUUGAUGGCCAGACGCCACCGUGUAUCUGUUGCGGAUUCAGUUUCGUCAUCCAGCCAUGGCGGCGCCGUCAAAACAGUCGUCGCGAUGGGGCUCUUUUAUUUCGCAAGCCGUGGCCGGUGUUGAGGCCCGUUUAGACAAUAUCCUUGCUGAUGGCGAGGACGGUUCCGGCCAGCCGAGGGACCCAAAACUUGCGCCCGCAUCGGGCCCAGCAGCGCCGGCCAAACAGAGUCCCGGUCCCUCCAGAACCGCUUCAUCAUCUCGCACCAAUGAUCGCCUCCAAGAGAGGCUCGCCAGGGCCAUGGCGGCCAAAGCCGCCGCACAAAACGCCGCUCCGAAGCCGCCCGAUAGUCCGGCAGCCCGGACCUCCAUAUCCUCCCAGGCGAGUCCGCGCCAGAGCAUCGACGCCCCGAGCCGCGCCUCGACCGAGAGUCUAGACCGGCCGAGCCCGAUCACGAAAGAGGCCGCAAAGGAGAUAUCUUCUGCGCGGGCUUCCGAAGAAAUCGCGAGAAAAUCCCAAGUUACUCCCGCUAUUGAGGCCAGCCAAACACGUGGCUCGGCCGACAGAGAGGAUCGAGCACAAGAGGGGCUGCCUGUUGAGGCCAAUGGCGCGCAAACCCUACCGGAGCUUCUGGUUCCAAUAACCACCCCCCCAGAAAGCGCACCAGUCAUGGAGAUGAGGAUAGAACCUACCCCUGAAUUGGAGCCUCAGCCAGAUUCAAACGAGGAUGGUGAAGAGGAGCGGGUCAAAGACGAGGCCACACCAGCCGAAGAUGCACAGCUCCAGCACCAGGAAGAGGUGCAUGGUUACGUAGAACGCAUAGACGCUCUAGAGGCGAAGCUGCAUUUUCUCGCACGGGAAGCAACAGACUCGGCAAGGAAAGCGGCCUUGGCCGCGCCACCUAGUAGCUUCGAGAAGAAGCUGGCAGAAAAGGACCAGCAGAUUGCCCAGCUGAUGGAGGAGGGCAAGAGUCUAGCCAGCACCGAGCAAAAGCACCGGACCAUCAUGAAGAGGCUCCGGUUGAAGAUUGCCGACGAUGAGAAGGAGCUGAACUCCCUCAAGGCGGUAAAAGAAAAAUCAGAUAAAGAAACAGAAAAUCUGCGCAGGCAAGUCCGUCGAGUGGAUGAGCUCGAGAAACUAAACGACGACAUGCAGAAGCGGCUAGACCAGACACUGAGAGAACUCGGCGCACUGCGGCCCGAGAUUCGGUCCAAGGACAGUAUCAUCGCCGAGCUUAAGACUCAGCUGCAAAAGGCGAGCGAGCAAGCGGAAGCCAUGACGGCAAAGGUCAAUGACCAAGCGCGCGACCAGGAUCGUCGGAAAAUCGCCGACCUCGAGGAGGCCGUGGCGGCCCUGCAGGUCGAAAAGAACCUGGUCGCCGACCGGGCCAGGAUCCAGGCCAACGACCUGCGGGAGAAGGCCGAGCGUGCCAACGAGCGGGCGCGAGCGCUGGAGCUAGAGCUGAAGGCUGAGGCCCAGGUGAUGGAGAGCAAGCUCGAGGCCAUGCGCAUCCGUGCAGAAGAGGCUUCAUCGGGCGCCAUUGGGGACUCGCAGGCCAAGCUGCUGAGACAGGUCGAGACGCUGCAGACGCAGUACUCGAUUGCUAGCGAGAAUUGGCAGGGGAUAGAGGCGACGCUUCUAGCUAGGAUAGGGAGCCUAGAAAAGGAGCGGGACGAUGCUCUACAGCGCGAGUCUGACAUGCGGAGAAAGGCUCGCGAGGCGGCCAUCCGCGCCAAGCGCCAAGAAGAAGAGCUAGAGGAGACCAAGACGAAGCUUCCAAACAUCCAAGAAGACGUCAAGUCGUACCAAGCACAGCUCGACUCGCUAAAAAGGCGAGCGGAGGAGGCCGAAGCGGCCCUGGCAAAAUCAAGAGUGGAGCUGGAGAAGCAGAAACAGGCGUGGGAGGCAGAUAAAGAAGACCGGCAAUUACGGCAGCCCGCCGAACGCCGGUCUUGGCUAGAAGACCUACCUGGCGGAUCGUUUCUAAAGAGCGACAGCCGGCCUGAGUCACCGCAGCUGCCAACCCCGCAGCGCACUUUCAGCACCGACUUCCUCGGAAUCCAGAGCCUCACCUCUAAGGCCGUCCGUAAGGCGUCGGCGCCGUCGAGCAACAGCGACGCGGGCGCCGGCGGAGGCGAGAGCCGCAGCUUCAGCCGCCGCCCCUCGGCCCAACCGCUGACGCGCCCGCUCAUGGCGCAGUCUGGCAGCGGCGGCGUCUUCAGCCCCAUCACAGACUCGCUCCACACGACGCCGGCGAUGGGCUACCCGCCCGACAGAGAGCCGCUGCACAGGGAGGACACGUUUGACAGCAUGGAGACGUCGUCGACGUCGGCCCACCAGGUCCUGCAGGACAUGAUGUCAGUUUCGACGGUGGCGGCCGGGCCGUCGGUGCAGCUAGUAGAGCGCAUGAGCGCGGCGAUCCGGCGACUCGAGAGCGAGAAGGUGGCGGCACGCGAGGAACUCGCCCGCAUCUCCAAGCAGCGCGACGAGGCACGCGCCGAGAUCGUCGCCCUGAUGCGCGAGGCCCAGGGCGGCAGGGAAGCGCUCAAGCGCGUCGCCGACCUCGAGGCCGAGGUCGCCGAGGUCAAUGCCAGGUACGAGACCACGCUGGAGAUGCUGGGCGAGAAGAGCGAGCUGGUCGACGAGCUCAGGGCCGACGUCCAGGACGUCAAGGCCAUGUAUAGGGAUCUCGUCGAGCGCACCAUCAAGUGAUUAUGAUAUCAAUGUAGAAGAGAACGUACAGGAGGUGGCUAGGCAGUGACAGCUAGAAAUAAAAGGAGUCUUCAAAAAUUCGGAGGCCGGGGGACAUACAUCCAUCCCUUUUUUUGUAUUAGGAAAUUCUUUUUUUAUGUUGGGGAGACGAAGGAAGUAGGCGACAAGAUGGAUUUUUGGGCCUUUUACUUCUGU